AUGGCCAGCAAGCCUGAGGAUGAGAAAGCUACCGCAAUUCUCAACAGAAAGAAAGGACCAAACCGCCUUAUCGUCGAAGAAGCCACAAACGACGACAACUCAAUCGCAGUUAUGUCGCAAGCCAAAAUGAACGAGCUCAACAUAAUGCGCGGCGACACUGUGAUGAUCAAAGGGAAAAGACGCAAAGACACUGUUCUCAUAGCACUGGUCGAUCCCGAAUUAGAAGACGGCAAAAUUCGGUUGAACAAGGUCGUAAGAAACAAUCUCAAAGUGCGACUUGGAGACUUAGUAAGUGUGCAUACCCCAGGCGAUAUCCCAUAUGGCAAAAGAGUCCAUAUUUUGCCAAUAGAUGAUACAAUAGAAGGAAUCACAGGCAACUUGUUCGAAAUCUACCUGAAGCCUUAUUUCAAAGAAGCAUACCGACCAGUCAGAAAAGGCGAUCUGUUCUUGGUUAGGGGAGGAUUCAGACCAGUUGAGUUCAAAGUCUGCGAAACUGACCCUGGAGAGUGCAUCAUUGUAGCGCCUGAUACCGUAAUUCACUGUGAAGGAGAACCAGUCAAAAGAGCUGAUGAAGAAAGGGCUGAUGAUAUAGGAUAUGAUGAUAUAGGAGGCUGCAGGCGUCAAUUAGCACAAAUCAGAGAAAUGAUUGAGCUACCACUCAGACAUCCUCAGCUAUUCAAAACUUUAGGUGUUAAGCCACCAAAAGGUGUUUUACUUUACGGUCCUCCAGGCUCUGGAAAAACCUUAAUUGCAAGAGCGGUCGCCAAUGAAACUGGCGCAUUUUUCUUCUUGAUAAACGGGCCUGAAGUUAUGAGCAAAAUGGCAGGAGAAGCUGAAGCGAAUUUAAGAAGAGCUUUUGAAGAAGCUGAAAAGAACUCCCCAGCGAUUAUUUUUAUUGAUGAAAUCGACAGUAUUGCUCCAAAAAGAGAAAAGACUGGAGGAGAAGUCGAAAGAAGAGUCGUCUCCCAGUUACUUACACUUAUGGACGGAGUUAAAGGAAGAGGACAAAUCGUCGUAAUUGGAGCUACCAAUAGGCCCAACAGCAUUGACCCUGCAUUAAGAAGGUUUGGAAGAUUUGACAGAGAAAUUGACAUUGGAGUGCCUGAUGAGGUAGGAAGAAUUGAAAUUUUGAGAAUCCACACAAAGAACAUGAAGCUUAGUGACGAUGUUGACAUUGGUGACCUUUCUAAAGGAACCCAUGGGUUUGUAGGUGCUGAUUUGGCUCAAUUGUGCUCAGAAGCGGCUAUGAACUGCAUUAGAGAAAAAAUGGACAUCAUUGACCUUGAAGAAGACACUAUAGAUGCAGAAAUUUUGGACGCUAUGGCAGUCAACCAAGACCACUUCAAAAGCGCCUUAGGCGUUGUCAACCCUUCAUCACUCAGAGAAACUGUUGUUGAAGUUCCCAAUGUGACUUGGAAUGACAUUGGAGGCCUUGAUGAAGUCAAAAGAGACCUACAAGAAAUGAUUUUGUAUCCAAUUGACCAUCCUGACAAGUUCGAAAAAUUCGGCAUGAAGCCUGGUAAAGGGGUUUUGUUCUAUGGACCUCCUGGAUGUGGCAAAACUUUGAUGGCAAAAGCGAUUGCAAAUGAGUGCUCAGCUAACUUCAUUUCUAUCAAAGGGCCUGAAUUGUUAACUAUGUGGUUUGGAGAAAGUGAAGCAAAUGUCAGAGAUAUUUUUGAUAAAGCAAGAUCAGCAGCUCCAUGUGUGCUGUUCUUUGAUGAGCUUGAUUCGAUUGGUUCUGCAAGAGGAUCAAGUAUGGGAGAUGCUGGUGGGGCUGGAGACAGAGUUAUGAACCAGCUUCUAACUGAAAUGGACGGUGUUGGGACUAAGAAAAAUCUGUUUAUUAUUGGAGCUACAAAUAGGCCUGAAAUUUUAGAUGAGGCAUUAUUAAGACCUGGAACACACAAUUAAAGUGGAGGUGUUCUGAUAAAGUGUAGCUUCCUUAUUUUGGACUCAAAGGUAACUCCGGUUCUUCUGAGAGCUUUGCCUAAGAGACACUAUCCACUGGCACUGGAUAAUAAAUAAAAAGUGUUCUUUGAAGGUGAUGAUGAUUAGAAGUUCUAACAGUUGUGUAACUGCCGAUCCGUUGCUCGGAGUGGAAGUUGUAUUUCACCUGUAAGGCUUCGGAAAGCAGAAGACGAGUUAUUUAUGAGUUAUAUUAUAGCUAACUAAGACCUGGAAGGCUUGACCAAUUAAUUUAUAUCCCACUUCCUGAUAAGCCAAGCAGGAUCAGCGUUUUGCAGUCUUUAACGAGAAAAUCGCCAGUUGCCAAGAAUGUUUACUUACACCGUGUUUAAUAAAAAGCCCUGUUCCAAUUUAAAUGGGUUUUUAAAUUUUUUUAAAAAAAGCAAUUCAUAUUUAAAAAUUUUCUCUAUAAUCAUUUUUUAAGAAAAUAUAAAUUGAGCACAAAACCUUUAGUUUAUUUUAUGAAGAAAUUAUAUAAAAAAUUAAUUGAUUUCGUGUGAAAACUGUUUAAAUAGUACUCGACUUAUCUAUUAUUUGGGUCAAAAUAAUUUUAUAAAAUGUUUUUUAAAACAAUUGUAAAAAAUAUAAAUUCAGCACAAUAGCUCGAAUUUAAUUUUUUUACAAAAAAUUAAUAGAUUCAGUAUGAAAGAUAUUUAAAUAGCAUUCUACUUGUAUUUUAUUUAUUAAAUUAGGUCGAAAGCAAUUUUACAAAAAUGAUAAUUUCAUAUUUUAUUUUUUUAAAAAUUUUUUAUAAAUUUAAAUUGGCUCAAUGCUUUAAAUUUUAAUUUAUUUUUAUGAUUAUUAAAUAAAAAAAUUACUAAUUCAGCUCGAAAGCUGUUUAAAUAGCAUUGCAUUAUGUCUAUUAAAUAGGUCAAAACUAAUUGAUAAAAAUUAGUUUUUCAUCGUUAUAAUUUUCAUAUUGAAAACAAAUUUGUUCCAAUUUAAAAGGUGGUUAAAGUACCAAAAAAUGCAAAUUUCCCAACGUUUUGUUUCAAUUUAAAAGGGGGAGUUUAGAUUUUAUCGCUGACCUUACUGAGGGAUUCAGCGGGGCAGAUUUAGCUGAACUUGUGCAGAGAGCUGCAAAGUCAGCCGUUAGAGAAGCAAUUGAAGCUGAUGCCCAGAGGAAAGCUUUGCAAUCAGAGCAAGGAGAUGAAAACAUGGAUAUCGCUGAUGAUCCAGUCCCUGAAAUCACAAGAAGGCAUUUCGAAGAAGCCCUUUCAACUGCCAGAAGAUCAGUCACUAACGUAGAUUUGAACAAAUAUGACCAAUUCAGAAGGAAAUUCGACCCUGUUUAUGCUGCCAGGCAAGGUGGGCAAGUGUCAAGUGCUCCAGUUUUCAGAUGGCCUGAAAGAGCUGACCAAGUUCAACAAGCAGCAGCUGAAGAAGAAGAUCUUUAUAGUUAA